AUGUAAACAUAACCACAAAGUAAAGUAUUUGUACAUUAACAAAUUAAGUAGUACAAGUGCAAUAAACUGGAUAUUGGAUAAUACCAUAAUACCCUGUCCCUGUUGUUGUUGGGAAAUGGGAAGUAACUUACCUUAUUUUAAUAUAAAGAAAGCUCAGCCCUUGGUAAAUUUGGAUACGUAGAUAUUCAUUUCUUUCUUAUCUUACAUUCGAAGGAUUAUUGCAAUGUUUACCGUGAAGCCUAGCUAUAAAUCCUGCAAUAUUGUUUUAAACGUUUGCUACAAAUGCGGUGUUUAUAGAGGAAUUCAUGAUCACUUGUUAGGAAUAUUCAGACGCAGUUUUAGUGAAGUUGAAAGACAAAUAUCUCAACCAGAUGUAGGCCUAGCCCCUAGUUUGGAUGAAAACCCUCUCACUAAAAUCUUAAAAAUCGCAAUAAUUGGUACACCAAAUUCAGGAAAAAGUACAUUCAUCAACCAGAUUGUUGGAAGAAGAGUGUUUGCCAUAUCAAACAAAGUACAUACAACAAGAGCCAGGGCCAGAGCGGUCAUAAACAUACAUGAUACGCAAGUUAUCUUCCUAGACACACCUGGAUUAGUCUCUCAGAAAGAAUCCAAUAAGCACAAUUUGGAACAAACGUUUCUGAGGGACGGAGAGCUAGCUAUAACAGAAUCCAAUGUCAUUGGAGUUAUUCAUGACACAAGCAAUUCUUUCACUAGAGGAAAAUUGGACCCUAAAGUGUUGAGGCUUCUCCACCUAUAUCCUUAUAAGCAUUCAGUUUUGAUUUUAAAUAAGGUUGAUACUGUUAAAAAAAAGCGUUAUUUGUUGGAAUUGGCUGAUAGACUCUCUUGUAAGUCUAUUGUUGACCCAGAUGUAAAUAAGAAAAUUGGAAAAAGAAGUGUUACGGAAAAAGAAGUGAUGCAAGAAAUUAAAAACCAGAGCGGUUGGCCCAACUUUAGUCAAGUAUUUAUGGUGUCAGCACUGGAGGGUUUAGGGGUCGGGGAAGUAAUGGAAUACCUGAUGCAGUAUGCUCAGCGUGGAAGGUGGGUCUACUCAGAUGAUACGUUUACAGACCAGAAGCCAGAGAAGGUUAUUGUCGACACAGUCAAGGCCAAACUGUUGGAUUAUCUCCCUGACGAGCUGCCGUACAACAUUCAAGUCAGGAUGGAGAUGUUUAAUGAACUGGAAGAUGGUACACUGAUGGCAGUAGUGCUGGUCACUUGUCCUCACAUACGCUGUGAGAAGAUGGUGAUCAAGCGGAUACGCAGCAUAGCUCAGGAGGUGGAGGCAGAGCUACGCAGCACUUUCUUGACACAGGUGGUAGUCAAAUUGUCUGUGGAAACAGUCGGUUAAAAAGACGUUUCCUAGCUCGUAAGGCCGAUCCUGAUGAGUAAAUGAAGAUCAUGAUAAAAGCCUGAAACAAGUUUAUGCAGGACACUACUAAACUCCCUACUUAUAUUUGAAUAUCUUUUGUACUAUGAUUUUCUGUAGGUCUACAUAAUAUGAUGUAAAUAUAAAUGCUAGUGUGUAGAUUUAUAAAUAAAGGAGUCUAUGUUGUAUUACGUA